GCCUUGCCCACGUGGGUGAUAAUAAAACUGAGACGACGAUGAUUUUCUAGGAGUUGAGCAAGUUGCAGAUUAAAUUUAAAUGAGAGGGGUUGAGAAACGAAUGCGGAAUGGGAUAACCCCGAUGUCUAGGCUAAAUAAAACGUCUGGAUUAUUGAUAGGUCCAGUCACUCUGGAACCCUCUCCUAAGAGACGGAAAUUAAGAAAAUUCGAGAGAUCACCAAAAACGGUGGAGCAACCUGUGGCCUCUAUCGACGAUCUGAAUGACGACUGUCUCGAAAGAAUCUUCAAGUAUCUACCCCUAUCAUCUCGACUGAUAGUCAGAAUGGUAUCCAGACGAUGGAGAAAAGCAUCUAAAUUAGCCUGGAGCAAUGUCAGAGCUGUGAACUUCUCAGAAUCCGCAGUCUGGACAGACCUGGACGAGCUCCCCCCAGUCUUCAGAACGAACGCUCACAUCGGGGUCAUCCUGAGGAGUUGUGGGGUAUACCUGAGGAAAUUGGAACUAGGGGAGCCCUGCACUUAUAAAAUCCUGACACUCGUUGGAGAGCACUGUAUUAAUCUAGAAAGACUAGAAGUUGCCUUUGAGAGGUAUGGCGAGAGGUUCACCACUCUCUUCUCAAAAAUGGAGAGGCUCGAGUACUUUGGGAUGAGAAAUAUCAGGAGGAACGUCUCUGGAGACUUCUGGGGAAAUCCCAUGACUAAUUUGAAGGAGCUUCACCUCCGGGGACGCUAUUUCACGAAAGAUUCUACAAUCAGGCCCUCGAUUUUUUCCUCUGCGUUGGAAACCCUUGAGAAUCUAUCAGCAAUCACAUUAGAUGGUUUCAACAUAGACCAGGAGGUCAUCGCUCUUAUAAGUACGAGAACUGGCCUCACCCACCUAUCCCUUGCGAAAACCUACAGCAAAGAUCUCUCAUCCCUAUCUCAACUAGUUAACCUUCAGCACCUGAAUCUCAGCACAACCCCAGCGACUAACGAUCUAAUGAUCGAGCUCACGAAGAGGUGCAAAAACCUGAGGCACUUAAACCUAAAUCAGUGUCAAUUUCUCAGCAAUACAGGACUCAUUACUCUAGGAAGUCUUCCCUGUCUAGAAGUGCUCCUAUUAAAUUCCUGUGGUUUCUUCGUCACAGACUCGAUUUUUGGAAAGCUUCACAGCCUCAAGAAACUAGAAUGUAGAGGCUGCAAGAAUGUCAAGGACGAUGGGAUCAUCGAACUCCUGAGAAAUGCCCCCAACCUGGGGGAAUUAAAUCUAGCUGAUACUGGAGUCAGUGAUAAAGUUCUAGUUGUAGCUUCUCAAGUCACCAGAGCAAGAGAAAAUAAUCUCGAUCUUUGGGUGAUUGUUAAUAAAAUUGUAAAAGCCAGAUGGAGGAGGCGACUAGACUACGUCCAUUCCCAUCUCCUGGAAGUCAAUAAUCUAACUGGAAGAUGUGAUACGGAAGCUGAUACUUUGAUAGAGACAUACGAGGGAAAUAAUUUAUUUUGCAACCCCGAGCUGGAGAGACUCGAUCAAUUAUUCAAUAAUCAUGAUGGAGAUGACAGUGAAGAUGAUGAUUACCCGUGAAAGAAUAAUUAAUCCCAAUAAAUUGGAGCUUUAAAUUAUUUUUACUCAACCCCGAUAACCCAAGCGUUUUAUUUAAUCUUAUCUUCUUUAAUCACUAUUUAAAGUUUCACGAGAAAAUAUUUUCAGAAUAUCUAAGUCCUCCACGAUCAUUUAAAACGGGAAAAGAAAGGCGGAGGAGUUGGUAGAAAGCUCCUUCUGUAGCUGUCCAUGUUCCAACCAGCUCUGUACCUCAACGCAUCUACUAAAGUCUGCACAUGAACACACUGAUUUGACCACAGAGGAAA